AUGGCAUCUUCUCCCUUUCGCAUCGUCGAGCAUGUGGUGCCUGGCCAGCAUAUCCGCGAGUAUCCUGCUGCCACGGCCAACAGCCAGGAAGAGCUCUUGAACCUGGUUGUGAAACAAUACAUCCCUCUCGACAACCCCAACCCACAGCCAGGCGAUGUGACCAUUUUGGCCGCACAUGCAAAUGGUUUUCCCAAGGAACUAUAUGAACCGCUUUGGGAGGAAAUCCACGAGCGAACCAAAGAAGACGGCUUUCGGAUUCGCAGCAUAUGGAUGGCCGAUGUGGCGUGGCAAGGCGAAAGCAGCGUGCUAAAUGAAAAUAUCUUGGGCAAUGACCCAAGCUGGUUUGACCACCCUCGAGACCUUCUCCACCUAGUCAACGUCAAGCGGGCUGAAAUGCCCCGACCUAUUGUCGGCAUCGGUCACAGUUUCGGCGGCGCGCAUCUGUCAGGGCUUACAACGGUACUCUGUAGCACACAACUCAGCUUGAUGCAUCCCCGGUUGUUCCAUUCUUUGGUACUACUUGACCCGGUAGUUCAGCGUCAAACCACCCAGCUCGAUGGAUUCAGCCUUGAGCAGAGAAAACGAGUGAUUGCGAAGACGACUCAACUUUCUACUCACCGGCGCGAUAUCUGGCCAUCGCGACAGGCUGCAGAAGAAGGAUUCCAGCGGAGUCCCUUCUAUCAGGCCUGGGACCCGCGAGUACUGAAGCGCUGGGUCCAGUAUGGCCUACGAGACCUGCCCACACCCCUGCAUCCCCUCAACGAUAAGACUAUAACCGAUCCAAAGAACACCCCGGUGACACUACGCACUCCGCUUCACCAAGAGGUCUUUACCUUCUCGCGACCAAACUAUAACCAUAUCCCUGGCAGCGGUAAGCCUGUGAACCGGGUAACGCACCCAGAUCUUGACGCAGACCACCCGGACUCGCAUCCUUUCUACCGGCCCGAGCCGGCGCGCAUCUUCUCCCAAUUGCCGCAUCUCCGCCCGAGCGUAUUGUAUAUCUUCGCCGGAAAAUCCGACAUGUGCUUGCCCUGGAUGAUGGCAGACAAACUCGCCAACACGGGCGUUGGUCUCGGAGGUAGCGGUGGCGUUGCUGCUGGCCGGGUGCGGGAUGUCUUACUUAAAGACAAGGGCCAUUUGCUUGCACAAGAGGCCGUCAACGAGUGUGCAGAUGCGGCAGUCUCCUGGUUGGUCCCAGAGCUGCGUCGUUGGCGGGACGAGGAGGAGAGCUUCCGUUCCCAGUGGGAAAAGAAGACUCAGCUGGAGAAGACGACUGUCGAUGUGGACUGGCUGAAACAUGUCCCUGCGCCUGCACGUAGGUCCAAGAAGGCCGAUUCUACCCAGUCUGGCUCGAAGCUCUGA